AUGCAAACCCUCGUUGGAAGAGCGAAUGAGAAAAAGAUUAGAGCAAAAGCACAACUCAAUCUACCAAACGUUCCCGAAGAAAUCGUCAUUGAAGUACUCUCAAGAUUACCCCUCAAAUCUCUCGUAAAAUUCACUCUUGUUUCCAAGCAAUGGCGUUCUUUGAUUCAAUCAGGUUCUGUGAAAAUCGUACCACGAAACAAUGUUCUCGUUCGUGGAAGGUCUACUCUUCACUCCAUCGACCAAGAUUUUCUUGUGAAAAUCGUUGAUAAACCUGUGAAAAAAAACCCAUAUGAAAUCUUCGGUUCCUGUAAUGGGUUGUUGCUUAUUCGGAUCCGCGACCAUUUGUUCUUGUGGAAUCCGCUCACCAAGUGUUCGACAAAAGUCCUCUCAUGUGAGCCCUUGCUGUGUACUGGUUAUAGUGUUGUUUCUGGGCUUUGCUUUGACUCAUUUAGUAAUGAGUAUAAGGCUGUAAUGGCCCUUUCUCAUGACAUUACACUCUUCGGUGGUGAAUUCGUUGUAGUUGGUAGUUUCCGAAGCAAAACUUGGACAGAGAUCAACUUCCCAUACCAUUUUUGUAGUGUGAAAUCAGGACCUGUGGUGAAUGAAAAUCUACAUUGGUUUGCCUCUAAUAAAAGUUCGGAUCGCUUCUUCGCACCCCGUGAAAUCGUUUACUUAAAUCCGCGAAUGAACAAAUUCAAGAAAUUACCAAUGCCACAACCUAAGAAUGGAGAUGGAGAUAUUAUACUUGGUUUGGGAGUUUUGGAAGGAUGCCUUUGUAUGGUUCGCUACUACGAUGAGCAUCCAAGCGGUCAUGUGGGUAUUGUCGAGUUGUUGGCAAUGAAGGAAUAUGGAAUGCAAGAAUCUUGGACUACCAUGUUCAUCAUAUCGAAUUGA